AUGCCUUUCAUUGCUUCGCCAUCCGGGGUGAACUACUCCGUACCAGGGCCAACAGCCACCGCACUCGCGCGCUUCUUCGCUAUCUACUCUGCAAACUUCCACUACAACCCUUCUGUGUCCGCGACCGAAGAGUUCCAGCGGUUGUGCGAGGUCAAAGGGUGGGAUAAGGAGGAGGACGGGUACUGGUCGCAGGCGCAUGGGACCGCGUAUCAUAAGUUCAAGGAGGCCUUGGUGCAACAAUUCAAUGCGACGUACGGGACGGAUGUCAACAGCAUCGUAUCUUGGCAGGCUCUGUGCGGGGCUAUUGGCGUUGAUCCUGUCCCGGAUACGCUGAAGGAGUGCCAAUCGAACAUUCUGAGCUCGCACGUCAACCUCGUCGAUCUUGCAGAAGCGCGUGCAGACGGCACUGAACGCCGUGUCGAGCUCUUCCCGUCUGAAGUAGCGCUCAGCGUAUACACACUACGGACGAAGAAGAUAUUCCCGAAGGAUACGGCCUAUCACACCGGACUACUUCGUUUCCUCCUUCGUCAUAUCUUGCAUCCACGCAAGGAACCUGUCGCGCGUACUGUCCGCGCGCCAAAGGCCAAGCGGGGGCUAUCACUAUAA